AUGGAGGAAGAAGAAUUAAGUAAAUUGUUGGCCAAUGUUAAGAUAGAUCCGAGCCUAACAUCAAGAAUUAGUCAAAUAGACAGCUUCAAACUGUCGGAAUUGAUGGUUCUAAAGACAGAUAUUGAGACACAACUAGAGGCGUAUUUCAGUGUGCUUGAGCAGCAAGGCAUCGGCAUGGACUCUGCGUUGGUGACGCCAGACGGGUAUCCUCGUUCGGAUGUCGAUGUAUUGCAAGUCACUAUGAUCAGAAAGAAUGUUAAUAUGCUGAAGAAUGAUUUAAAUCACCUUUUGCAAAGAUCACACGUCUUACUAAACCAGCACUUUGAUAAUAUGAACGUUAAGUCAAACCAAGAUGCAAGAAGGAAUAACGACGAUCAAGCUAUUCAGUAUACCAUCCCUUUUGCAUUUAUCAGUGAGGUAGUACCCGGUAGCCCUUCAGAUAAAGCAGACAUAAAGGUUGAUGAUAAGCUGAUUUCUAUUGGUAAUGUGCAUGCGGCAAACCACUCUAAACUUCAAAACAUUCAGAUGGUUGUAAUGAAAAAUGAAGACAGGCCACUUCCCGUCCUUCUCUUGAGAGAAGGGCAAAUCCUAAAGACAUCGCUAACACCUUCGAGAAACUGGAAUGGUAGAGGUCUUUUGGGUUGUAGGAUACAAGAGCUAUAA